AUGGAUAAUGAAAUCAAAAAUGAAAAGUGCAGUUACGAAGACCUUGAACUGAAAUACAAGCAGUGUUUAAAUGACAACGAACAUUUGGCAAAAAUGAUGAGAAAUUUACGACAAGAAAAUGAUAAACUGAACAAUGAAUCGCGUAAUCAAACUUCGCGCCUUGCCGACGAGAGAUUGCGACUGGCUGAAGGGGAGGACAAACGUAAACAAAAAUACAACGAGAGAUUUACUCGUAGAGGAAGUAAAAUAGUAAAAGGACGAGUAAAUGAACUUGAAGAGCGACAAAGUCCUUUAGAAGACGAAUUAGGACGAUUAGCCUCGGCUUUGUACGCGCAACAAAGUGUUCAACAUAAUCGCGAUGAAAACGAAGUAGAAAAAUGUGAAAUGUUGAAGUCGCAGAUACUCGUUUAUAAAGAAGACUUUGACCGUGAGCGUAAAGACAGAGAAAACUAA